CCCCAUAUAACCACACGCAAGCACGCGCACCAAAGUUCCGUACAAGUAAAUAAACCAGGCCAAACCAUUGAGUCAAUUGUGAGAACUUGCAUACGGGAGUUGUGGUAAAUUAGACCUGCUCCAGAUACCACAUCAUGUCCAGCUGCGUCAAUUUGAAUAAAGUGGCUUGGCACUCGUUCACCUGCUUACUUAAUCGAUAACUCUCUGCUGGGUGUGGUUUAGCAUGCUUGCUCUAAACUGACAUCAGAACGAAAUUCGUAUUCUUUUAACGACUUCACUGAACAUGAGUGGUGGAAAACCUUACAUCGGCUGUGAAAUGGGCCUUCUUUCUAAAGCUCAAAAUCGUUACGAGGGUAUUUUAUAUACAAUUGAUACAGUGAACUCGACAGUAGUACUGGCUAAAGUGAAGUGCUUUGGAACAGAAGGGCGACCCACAAAUCGGCCAACACCGCCCAAAGAUGACAUCUUCGAUUAUAUAACUUUCAGAGGAAGCGACAUUGAAGAUAUUAUGUUGCACGAGCGUUCAGGACAUUUCCAUGGCCUGCCGCGUGACCCAGCAAUAGUGCAGGCCAUACAAUUAACGCCCUGUGGUUUGGUUCAGUCAUCAAGAGGGACGGCCUCAAGCCUCCAUCUGCCGCCAGGACGGUUAAAUCCUGGGAGGAUGCCCUUCCACACCCAGCUUUCCGCCACCUCUGUCAACCGUCAACCGUAUGCUGCGGCCCGCGGCUUCGGGCCUCUACUGCAGGGCCAAACAGUUAAAAAAUGUCAUACGGUGGAAAAAGCUGUUCAGACUGUGAUGGUGGAGGAAUUGACGCAGACGAGCGAUGUGACUGCGAUCCAGGCCUUGAAUCAGGACGCCGGCAUGCCCCAGAGAACUGCACGGGUCAGCUCCCGGAGCAGAAAGGGCACCGGAUCCACCGCCACAGAAGUUAAAUCAGCUCCAGAUCCACCCAGUGCUCAGCCGGACUCGUCUGAAAAACAGACUAAAGGGGAAGGUGAAAACGGACCACCUCCCAGGAAAAGAGCAGGAGCUCGUAGGCACAAGAACCGAAGUACAGGCAGGCUCACGGUGGGACCGUCAUCGUUCAGCACCCUAAAGUUCGACACAGACUUUGAUUUUGAUUCCUCAAAUGCGCAGUUUAUCAAGGAGGAGAGGGAGAUGCAGGACGGGUUGAGCGAAGGGGCGAAUGGGAAAGAAAAGGAAGACCAAGGAGACAAACAAACAAAGAACACGGAGGACUGUGUGUUUGGCCCGAAACGCUACUACGAUAGAGGAAAGUCCUUUUUUGACAACGUCCCCUCCAGUAAUAACCUGUGUUUCAGAUGGACCUGGGCUGAGGAGCGCAAGCAAAAUCUUGAAACCUUUGGCGUUCCUGGUGUUUUUUUUAGGGGCCAGGGCUUCCGACAUGGACGGCAAGGACAGGAAACUGCAACGUUAACCUCACAGAGCGCAGGGAGCGGACAGAAGUAAAGGUCGGCACAGAUCCAGAGGCUAAUGUUGACUUUGCCUACAGAUCCUCUUCCCCAAAACCAGCUGAUAUGCAGGCAAGGCUGUAUCAGUAGUGAAUCUGACAUUUUGUAGUUUUACUCUGC